ACAAUCAUAGCGACGUUAUACACACGUUGCCAUUCGCGAUUCAACAUUACAACGUCCAAAAUGGCCGACGCUGGAAGCCCGACGGUCUAUAUCGCGGUAAAUGUGGAAAACAACAAAGAACCAAAUACGGAAACUACAAAACAUACAGUACAAAAAUCAAAAUGGAUAAAUAAGCAAAUAAGCAAAUUUCAGAUUUCAGAAGCUGGAGAAAUGGGCUAUUUGGUACCUUUGACAAACGAAACUAAAAAUACUACAAGCAUUCAGGCUAUGAAGGAGCAUACAAAACUAUCAAACGAAAUGAGUACAGAAGACAUGCGAAUUCUGAGUGCCCUAAAAUCCUUAUUUGAAACAUGCGACACAAAAGUUAUCGUUAACAAGUUGAUGCGCGCCACAAAGAAGUUAUAUUCACCCGAACUUGAAGUUAUAAUGGGCAAGGAAUAUCUUUCAUUUCAAAAUCUAACCCGGAAAGAGAAGAUUAAUCAUCUCGGUGAACGCUUAAAUCGAUUUUACAAAUUGGAAAUAAAACUAAUCAAACAAGCAGAGAACGAAAGAAAAGAAGAGGUACAACGAAAAAAAAGAGAAGAAGAAGAGGCCAAGGAGGAAGCAGAUUUACAAAUGGAACUCGAGUAUAAAAUAAAAUCCUUGUUACAAGAUAUUGGACUUAUGGAAGAUGAGAUAAAAGCAGACGACGAUUCAAAUUCGUCUGCGAUUUCCGUUGUGGCAUCUGCUGCAGAUCAAUCAAAAUUCAAAAAUAUGUUAUCAUUCUGGAAAGACGUUGAUUCAAAUCAAGUCAAGGUACAAAUUCUAGAGGCGAUGAGGGAUUCAAACUUAGCUACAGAUUUUGAUAGAGUAGAUGUGAUUGGAGGAGGAAACCCGUGCGUUAUUGUCGGUGGUGACCCUUGUGUCAUUGGAGGGGAUCCAUGUGACAUUGGAGGAGGAGACCAAUGCAACGCAUUCAGCCAACCUCGCAUUCAGAAGCACACUAUCACAUGGGACAACCAAAGAUUAUUUUUCCUUUCUAUGUUGAUUAUUGUAGCUAUAGUAGGACUGUGUUACCUUGCAUUUUAUGUUUGGUGGAACCCCACCGAUAUACAGAAUGGCUGUUUUUUCUGCGAUAACCUUUCCCGAUACAUUUUCAACAAAACAGUAGAGAUUUUAAUGUGAAAAACAAGAAUAUAAUUAUAUAUAAAAUAAUGAAAAUAUUGCAAAAUAUAUUUGACCAUGUAUGGUAACGAAAUAAUGAAAAAAUUGCAAAAAAG